UCUCGUGUUGUUCGUGUUUGUUUUCAUUCCGCGUUGCAAAAUUCUACAAACUAGUUUAGUUGUGUAUUUAUGAUGAGCAUAGGAAGAUAAAGGGAGUUGUUGUAGACUUUAUUACAUCACUGUUUGCUUUCUUUUUCUUAACUCUUUCAUUUUCUUCAUCACCGAACAGGUGAAUGCAAUGGGGAGUUCAGCUUUGAAGUUCAUGUCGAACAUGAACUCAAAAAGAAGAGUGGGAAGCAUUUUCUCAAGGAGAAGGACAUUGUUUACUAUGACCAUGCUGAUAUUGAUCUGCUGUCCAUCCUCAACUUGCUAGACAUCUACAAGGAGUGUGGUGGGAAGAUUCCAAAUCCGGCAUUUUUUGGAAAGCUCCUUUUGAUGAAUCAAUGACAGAGAUUACGAGAGAUGAAGACUUAUUAGAAAUGGCCCAAGCAGCUAAUGAAGCUCCUAGGAUCAUUGAACUGUAUGCUAUGGUUGAGCAUGAAGUUCUGGACUUUAUGGAUAGUGAUGACGAAGAAGAUGCAACUCCACCUGCAGAAAAGGAAGUAACUGUUGUUGAGGACGAAGAUGAUGACAAUGAUUAUGAAGGAGAGGAUGAAGAUAGUGACUUUGAGGUCGAUUCUGGGUCGGAUUUUAGCAUUGGUGAUUAUAUAAACUAUGAGAAGAAUGUGAAUUUAGAUGUGGAGGCUGGUAUGGGGGUAGAUGGACGAGGAGAAGACAACCUUGGUGAUGCAGAAGUGGAUGAAGAGGAGUCUGAUCGCGUAGACUCAGAUGAUCGUAGAUCUAUCCACAGUUCGGAGGACAAAUCUGAUGCUUCAUAAGUUCCAGAAUUUCGGGUGGAUCGAGACAUGGAGAGGCCAACCUUUGCCAUUUCUCAAAAAUUCAGCAGCUUUGGUGUGUUGAAGGAUGCACUCAAGCAAUACUCUUUUGUUGAGAAACGACCAAUAUUCUUUAAAAGAAGUGAUGGUAAGUGGCUGCAAGUGAUGUGCGAGCUACCAUGUCAUUGGUACAUAUGGGCAUCCAAGGUGAGGGAUAAAGAUGUUGUGCAGAU